CAGAGCCGGGCCGGGCCGGGCGCGGGAGGGGCGCCCCGGUGCCCGUCGCCACUUCCGGGAGUGCCUGGGCUGCGGCCGCCGCCUCGUCGUGCUGUCAGCCGCCGGCCGGGCCGCGGAGCCGGGUGAGCGCGCAGCCAGACCAAGCCCCCCUGUCCCUGUGCGCGCCGCCAGGCCUCUCCCUGCGCCAUGGGGGCGUCCACGCGGCUACUGCGCGCAGUGAUCUUGGGGGCGCCGGGCUCCGGCAAGGGCACUGUGUCGUCGCGCAUUACCCAGCACUUCGAGCUGAAGCACCUCUCCAGCGGGGAUCUGCUCCGAGGCAACAUCCUUCGAGGCACAGAAAUUGGUGUGUUAGCCAAGACUCUCAUUGAACAAGGAAAGCUCAUCCCAGAUGAUAUCAUGACUCGGCUGGCCUUGCAUGAGCUGAAAAACCUCACCCAGUAUAACUGGCUAUUGGAUGGUUUCCCAAGGACUCUUCCUCAGGCAGAAGCCCUGGAUAAAGUUUAUAAAAUAGACACCGUGAUUAAUCUGAAGGUGCCCUUUGAGGUAGUUAAGCAGCGCCUCACAGCUCGCUGGAUUCAUCCAGCCAGCGGCCGAGUCUACAACAUCGAAUUCAACCCUCCCAAAACUGUGGGCAUCGAUGAUCUGACUGGGGAGCCUCUCGUGCAGCGUGAGGACGAUAAACCGGAGACGGUUGCCAAGAGACUGAAGGCUUACGAAGCUCAGACAGAGCCAGUCUUGGAAUACUACCAGAAAAAAGGAGUGUUGGAAACAUUCUCAGGAACCGAAACCAACAAGAUCUGGCCCGAUGUAUAUGCCUUCCUACAAACAAAAGUGCCACAAAUAAACCAGAAAUCAUCAGUUACUCCUUGAGGAAAAGCCCGUGUAACUAAAAUAGAAUGCUAAGAUCCAAUUCCAAAGUUCUUCAGAACAGAAGUCUCUGUUAAGACCAGGCUUCAGUUUUCCUUGAGAGUUGGCUGAGAAGAUUCUCCAGAACUCAUCUAACCCAUCUUCCUAAGAACUGCACGACAUCAUCAUGAAGAGACUUAAAUACACCUAACCAUAAUCUGUACUUAAAUUCCACUGAUUACCCCAUAUUCUCAUCUAGUAACAUUCUCAACAUAUUUCUUGUCCCAUUGACCAGUUCUUCCCAAGAGCACAUGACUGAGUGUCUUGUCCUAUUUCUUGUAUAUGAUUCAACAACAAUUAUGGUAUAGAUGAAUAAGCGGUGAAGUAGGAUAGAAAUCCAGGAUUAGAAUAUUAGCUCCAUCAUUUAUUGUAUUGACUUCAGGCAAAUUACUUAAUUCUCCACAGUUUAUUUAUCCAUAAUAUGAGUGAAAAAGAAUCAUAGAGCUUUUGAGAUCAUUAAAUGAUACAACAUAUAAUAGUGUUUUGCAACCUAUAAACUGAUAUAAUAAAAAUGGGAUGUUAUUAUGGUAAGCUUUUCUUCCAAAUCUUCUCUCAGUUGACAACUUAGUCCCUCAGGUUGCCUCUCAUCUUAUCAUAUUUCCCUCACCAGUUGAUAGUCUUGUGCAUCUAGCUGAAAUCUUAUCCAGCCCUUCUCUCCCUCAGAAGGAGUAAACUAGGAUGCUCUUCUCCCAGCAUGAUGAAUUAAAUCUAAAUAAUCCUGGUAAUGUCAGCAAUUCAAAACUGUCAAAAUUUUAUAAGCCUAGGUCCUCAGUCAAAAUUACUGCAAGGGAUACCUAGCAGCAGAUCUUAGUUGCUAUUUGAUACAUAGAACAAGAACUCUCAAACUGGAAGCAACUUUUUGAUAAUAUAAUAUCUCAUGAUAUUUUAACAUGUAUCUUUCUCUCUUAUGUUAGAAUCAAUGAUACCCUUCAAAAAUUUUUUUCCUUUACAUUCAUUAUGUGACUUCUUAAUUUUAAGUUUCUACAUUGGACUUGACAGUGACUUAGUCAUAAAAUUACCUUAGAAAGACUAAUUCUCUGUGGGCUCAAGGAAAUGAAGAGAAAAUCAUCACUAUAUUUAAACAGCAAUAAGAGAUAAUUCAUGGGAAAAAUCAAGGGGGAAUAUUACUUGUUUAACUACGGGUAGUAUAACUAAUAAGUAUAAAGUCAGACUUUGAUUAUUUCCAUCCUUUAGAAUAACAUUUUUGGCUGACUUAAAUAUGACCAAUUGCUUUCCUAAAUUGUCCCUUUGUCUUACAAUACAUGUGACAACUGAAAUGGCAAAAUUAUAGAGACAUAAGGUCAAGACAUUGAAAAAUCUCAAUUCCUGCUUUAUGAAAUUUAAAAAUAAACACAGGGCUCUCCUCACAUUGUCUUCUGAAUGAGAAUUGCCUUUUCAUUGUGUAGGAAACAGACUAAACUUUAAGCUAAAGCUGGUCUUAAAAUCUUGCAAAUGAGAGAUUACUGGGCUCAAUUAAAAUCCUACUAAAGUCAAAAUGGGCAUCAACUUUCUAAUGAUAAUUUAAAAUCACAAUCCUAGGCAGAUCAGUAGUCUAACCUCCUCUUCUUUUUGACAUAAAUGUUAGUGACAUGGUUGAUCUAACAGCCAACUUCAAAGAAGCUCAAACAGGUGGCCUAUAUUAUCAGAAAGAACAGUUUAGCAUAAGCUAUGUUAACGUGGAUUAAAAAUGUUACACCUGGUAGGCAACACCAACAAUUAGCAAUUCUAAAUAAACUCAUGCAACAGAUAACCUUGGUUGCCAAUUAGAUGUGUGCUUUGAAGCUAAUUCACUUUAAUAAAUUCUUAAACAGUAUAGAUCUACUCAGAAAAAAAUGUUCCUCAGAGCUAUCUUGAGAAGUUUAUGAUUGAAAUGAUAAAUAGCUAACAAUUGCCCUUAAGAAUGAUCAAUAGCUAACACUUGCCCUUAAAUUGUGCGUAGGCACAACUCAUCUCUUCUAUUUUUAAAGAGUGGAAUUUGGUGUCUCUUUAAAAACCUAAGAAAUGGAAGAGAUUUAGUGCCAAAACAGGGCAUGAAAUGAAACUCUGUGUUCUCUUUUGAGGUAAGAAUUUUAGAAUGGCCACACCUAGCCCAGCCUGCAUGGCUUAGUGGUUGAGUGGCAACCUAUGUACCAGGAGGUCACAAAUCGAUUCCCAGACAGGGCACAUGCACAGUUUGUGGGCUCAAUCCCCAGUAGAAGGCAUGCAGGAGGCAGCUGAUCAAUGAUUCUCUCUCAUCAUUGAUGUUUUUCUCUCUCUUCCUCUCUGAAAUCAAUAAAAAAAUUUUUUUUAAAUGUC